UCAAACAAUUACUUUAAGUUAGUCCUUAAGUUGACGUUUAGUGUAGAAGAUUAAGCGGUUGAAGAAGCAAGAUGCUCAACAAUAUCUUUACUUGUCUUUCCCUUCUUCUUUUCGUUAUUAUUUAUUCUACAGUCGCCGAAUUUAACCUAAACCAUCUUGAUACUCCUCUUCUCCAAACACGAAACUUUGAAACUGCUAUCGACAACAAAGCUUUGAAUUCAUCACUUGUUUUUCUGAGUGUGAACGUUUCUAACGAGGACGAAUGUAUAUUAAAGUGUUUAAUGUAUCAAGGCUGCUUUUCCUACAAUCUCGGUCCAAAAGAAGGCGAACGAUUGGUCUGUGAGGUUUGCAGUAAAGUACAUUUUGCCGAAAUGUUCUAUUUGGUGACCAAAACUGGUUACAAGCACCGCAGCGUUGUGAGCGGUUGUACAAGCAGUCCUUGUCCUGCAGGAGACAUCUGUGUUCCUCGUCUACAGACCACUUCAUCGUAUCAGUGUUGGAAGCCGUACAUCGACAUUGAACUCAAGGCAUAUGGGACUGAUGAUCCUCUAGGGCCGAAUCAUAAUAUCUUUCUGGACUCGUAUUUUAAAGUCAAUGGCCAUAAGUACCCCCUCUCUCAAACUGGAGCUCGUGGCCAUAGCUUUCGGUUGGUGACAUUCAAUGGCACUGCUAUUGUUGGACCUCGAGUUACUUUUGACUCACAUGCAGAUAGUGGAGCCGCAUCCAAGAUGGUUUCAUACAUCAGUACUAUUCCUGCCAACUCUAUUGUUCUUGUCCUAGUUGCUGAUACCGGUAACCAAUACUAUGAUAGCAACGCUUUUUUGUCCAUCGGCGCAACAACCCCAACCAUUGAGUACCGAACUGCUUGGACAUUUAUUGGCUUCAAAGGAGAAAGAAAGUCCUGGAUUGUUGAGAAGAAGACAGCUCGAUAUGCUGGUCCUGCAUCUGUUACAACACAAAUCCCAUUUACAGAUUUCGUGUAAUCAUAAGCUAUCACAGUUGAGCAUCAAAUAAUUUGCGAUGUGUGGAUUCUAAGCACACACCAGGCACCUACAUCAGGCAAAACAAUUGCAAUGAUUUCUCUCUCUCUUUUUCUCUUCAAUCCCCGCAAGGGGCUGUUCCUUGAGGUUCGCUCUACACGUAUUACAACUACAUUCAUCAUUUACAAAAUACAACACUUAUCUCGCACAUAGAUUUUACAGAGGAAGAAAAUCCGGAGAAACCGGAGUAAAACCCUCGUGGCAAGAGAGAGAACAACAAAUCAAACACAACUCACAUAUAUGACGCGGUCGGGAAUCGAACCCGCGACCCGCGUGAACUAAACAGAACACACAGCGGUGAGAGACAGCGUCGUAGCAGCCAUGUUAGAGCACAAUUACUAUGACGACUGUAAUGAUAGGGACGUGCCGUGACGUACAUUGAGCGUGACGGUGUCACGAUGUCAAAAGAUGUUGUCAAUUCGGUACCCUGACGGUGUUGUGUGCCGUGCUUUUUCAUAGUCAUGCAAAAUCUACUCCAGUACAUUCAAAAGGAGCACUGACAAACGAAGUAGAAUGUGCACUGUCCAUCCUUGGAAUAACCUGAGUAUCAGGCCCCAGGAGAGGGGGAGGGAAAUUGUGGUGGAGGGGAAGAGGAAGAAGAAUGGGAAAAGGAGGAGGAGGGGAAGACGAGAAGAAGGGGCUCCCCUUUCCCCCUCUCCUCCUCCCCCUCUCCCCAAGAGAGCUUGAUACUCAGGUUAACCCUGGAAUAACACUUUCUUUGAAUAACUUUAGAUUGUUUGAUAGGUCUAUUUUUAUUUAGUAUUUUAAGACGACUUGUGUCAGCUUUAGAACAAAGUGGGGAUCCAUCACACAGUAGUACGGAAUCAUUGUGCCGUGGACGUGACCAUAAAGAAGGGGAGCUCGUGCCAGUGUAUACUUGUUUGCUUGUUUAAUGCAAACGUGAAAAGUCAGUUGGCAAGCACAAAAUAAUUCUUUAAAAUUUGUGAAACAAAAUCUCCAAGUGCAUAAAUGAAAUAAUACUUGUGUUUGGUGAGAAGGUUCGCAAAAAGUAAAGUGAAGUGCACGAAGAAAAACGAUAAAAACGUGGCCAUGUUUCACAUAUUGUUCCUAUUUAUGUGGUAUGUUUGUUAAUUUGUUUCUUCAAGUUCGAUGCAAGGUAAUGGAGAAAUAUAAAAAGAAUAGCAUAUAGCAAUAGAUUGGCCUAGGCCUGAAUUUGAUGGGAGUCAACCCCAUGCACUGCUGACACAAGAAUAUCGCAAUCAAUCUUGUAUAAUUUUAUGAAAGCAUCUAUUAAUUUUUAAUUAACAAUAAGCCUGAAGCGAGAUGACGUUUUACCCC